UGAAACGCGCACUGGUCGCUGCCGCUGCGUGAAGGAUUCUCUUCGUCUUAUAAUCGAUUGUGGGUUAUUCCCUAAGUCUGUGCGAAAUCUAAAUUGUUUGACCUGCGGGAGAAUUUCGUACUUUCUUGGCAUAUUUGCAACAGCUUGGCUUAUUGGUCCAGGGAUGCGGUGUCAGACUCUGACGCAGCUGGACCACCUAUCCGAGAGUGGGGCGCUGAUACCCGACGCCCUCAUCAACUGAUACCCCCGGUCUUUUCCAUCACGACCACUUCGGCUCUGCAGUGCAGAGACUACAACCCUUUAUGGAAAGUGAGUCUGUGCAUCCUGUCGUGGUCAUGCUGCCUCCAAAGAACUGCCUCCCGAGAAACUACAGCUGUAUAGCUGGACUGUUCGGGAGCUUGGCAGCGGCAAACCCAAGGCUGGAAGAUGGGGAAGAAAUUGAUAUGAUGAAUGGAACUUGUGAGACCACCGAGAGUCCUGUGGUGGAUGAGAGACCGAGGGGUAGGGAAAUCUUCCUCAAGCCUCCACAGAGCCCCAAUCUGCGUCGGAGGUGCAAGUCCCUGCCGACACCUACGGAGAGAGCAAAGUUAGAGAUCUCCCGCACUCGAAGUCCAACGAGUCAGAAAAAGGUCCGGUUCGCCGACUCCCUGGGUCUGGAGCUCACUUCAGUCAAACACUUCGACGACACAGACAUGCCGGAGGUUCCGGAGCGCAUAUUGGCCAAAUUCCCCAAAGGACCCCUCCAGCUCAACAAUUUGGACACAAAAUUUCCCCGGGCUCCUGCUCAUUCUGUGUUCAUGGAGUUGCAAUUCACAAACCCAGGCACAUUACCCGGCUUUGAGCAGCAAGUGAGAGAAGUAAAAGUGAUGCUGGAAGCCGUCGAAGCAGACGAAUUCAGUCUCUCCGGCAUAGUGCGCGUCCUGAAUUUGGCAUUUGAGAAAAGCGUUUCUUUGCGGUAUUCUCUAAACAACUGGAUAACAUUUAUGGACAGUUUGGCAUCCUAUGUUCCCGACUCAAGCGAUGGUGUCACUGACAAGUUUGCCUUUAAGAUCAUCACGCCUACAUUCCUAGACAGUGGAGGCACAUUGCAAUUUGCAAUUAAAUACUGUGUCGGCGGGGAAGAGUAUUGGGACAAUAAUAAUGGGAACAACUACAAAGUCCGACGUCACAGGUUUAAGAUGUCGCCACCGCGGGAGUGGGAGAAUGGCUGGAUUCACUUUAUCUAAGCCCAGUUUUGCCGUCUGCAGUAGCAACUGCGUGCGUAAUUGGCGCAAACCGAAUCCCGGGUACCUUAACAAAUAUUAUGGCCUGCUGCUGAUGAUUUAUCUGCCGUUGUCAGCUAUACACUGUCAUUUUGUGUCACUGUAUGAAAUUAAUUUCCCUCAACUGACUGUAAAUAUUGGCUCUGCUAUUGCAACGGGAUUUGACCGGUUGACAGACUAAACCUUUGAUAGUUCCCCGGUGUGAGACGCUGUUAGAUAAUUUGCCUUGAUGUCAGGGCUCUGUAAAGCUCGGUGCCCUUUGAUAGGGCAUGUUCACGUUAUGUAAUGUUGAAACACGUGCCACGGAAAACGUGCCAGGCAUGCCGACUUUAAGCAUCACUAUUCCUUUCAGACGCAGGGAUUUUUUUUUUUUGGCCGGAAUGGUCUUGUUAAAAUUAACCGGUGAUUCCCCAUCCCAUUAUUUUGUCCUCUGUGUGCUACUUUUGAAGAUUGACAUUAAUAUGGAAACGAUUGUGCAUCAGUACACUCUUGGUUCACGUGGAUCCCAAGUGCACCUGUCUUGCCCAGUAGCAUAUUCCUCUCUCCUGCAGGUUGGGGGUUACUAAAGAACAGCAGGCCUAACUUAGCCACAAUGUCUUAAUGAUUUGACAACAAUGUGGCCGAGGAUUUUGUUCAAACGAUUUAAUGCAUUGCUUCCCACUGCUAUACCGUGGAAAAAUGCCUUAUAAACCUGACAAGGGUUGUGCAUUGAAUCUUGUUAAAUACUACAGUGUUUUAUUAGAACAGAAAAAAAUGCUUUAGAGAUACAUAUUAUCAAACUGAUUUAACAUAGCCUUUCUUUUACAAUAAUGUUUGGGCACUGUGAAUAAGUCUGCCUACAGUAUAACAAUAGGCUUUAAAAUCAAUGACACAAAUCCAAUAUUUGAGCACAUAUAUAUUCAGGCCCAAAUGAUGUAUCCAUUUUGCACAUUGCUGCAUUAUUGAGAAAAAGGCCGAUUAAACAUGAAAGUAAAUUAAACAAUGAUAGGCUAGUAAUUCUAACUAAAUUACUGUUAUUAGACGUGACUUGUGCUAAAAAGGCAUGCCCGAUGUCAUGUUCAAUUAAAACAAAUUAUGUUUUCAUCAAAGCAAAUUUGUCUACAAUAUAUAACUGUAUCAUGCAUAUUUAGCCAAGUGGCAUGGGCUACAUUUUGUAAACAAUGCAUUGCAACACUUCUGUCAUUCUGUACUGUAAAUAGUACACAGAACAUCUUGUUCUGAAUGAACACCUUGAACAUGAUUGUUGUCCCCCUAUGGACCUGAAAAUCUGUGCCGUUUACCUCAAACUGCUCCUGGACCUUUUCUCCUCUUCUUCAGGUUGACCGUUAUGAAACAGUCAUUAUUUUCAGAGUCCUUAUUUUCUAAUAUAAAAAUCCAAAUGGAACAAUAUAAAUGUAGAUUUUCAAAGUUUAGGCAUUUAGGUAUCAUUUCAAAUGUUCUUGCUUGUGUUGGUGUUAUUUGUAACCACAUUUUUCACUGGACAGUGUCUCUGUGCAUAAAGUAGCUGUUCCACUGAUGACUGUGUUUAGCUGGCCUCUGCUGCUGUCAGUGGAUUCAUGAUCAUAUUAAUCUUGGUCUCCAGUUUGCAAGAGAAACUGACAUUUGGUUGCUUCAGUUCUUUUCUGGAGGCCUAAGAUUGAUCUUGUGCUACCAAUCUGCCCUCCCCAGAGCAUGACUAAUGUUACACUGGAACCUCACCAUGACAGAGAUGGAGACAUUGGAUGGCAAACAUUUCCUGUCAGUCACUUGUAAAGUCUGUAAAGUCUACUUGAGACUUGUAGACAAGUUUGUGUUUCAUUGUCAGAUGAUCCUGGCAAAUGCAGCUCUUCCUUGGGAUUUUUUAAAGAUCACUUGUAAAUCUGUGGUGAUAUAAACUUUUCUAGUUCUAUUUUCUUCCUUUAGAAAGUUGUAAAUCUAGUUCAUCUGGUAGAGGACCAGUACGCAGAGCACUGUGGAUUCCAAAGCUCUGCCUGUGACUGCAAUCUGAACAUCAUUUUGGCCUUUGUUUACAUUAUGGCCUCAGAGGGAGGCUAUCCAUAACCAUCAGAUCUAGAUGUGUAUACAGACUGUUCCUGUAACCACUUAGUUUUUUGGAGCAGUUCCACUGUGAAGCCAUCACUAAUGUUUAUGUCCUGUCUACAAGACCAAAAUGAUAUGUGUUUGGACUGCAUUGCUAUUGCUGAUAUUGUCAGGAGAGUUUUGCGAAGACGUUCUUGUUUCCAGCAUGAUGUAAAAAGCUCUUUUGGAGUUGAGAGAUGACCAGCACGGAGUUGAUGUUUGCUACUGCAAGGCUUUGAUGUGUUGAUGUACAGAGCUGAAUUUCUCUCGCCCGUUCCCAAACAUACACUGCUGUGGCUGUGUCAGAGCUUACUGUGUGUUAUUUUGUGAAAUCAUAGGGUAUUUCUCACAAUGUAUGCUUUAGUCUCUGUAAUCUUUGCUAAAGCAUCCAAGCAGUGCAAUGCCAGAAAGCAUGAAUUAUCCAGGUUGAGAGUUGAGACUGCUGAAGCAAGUGCGAGAGAUGCACCAAUACCACUUUUCACUGUGAUGAUUAAGCUGUAACUAUGGUCCAACAACCACAACUUAUCAGAACCAAUUAUUUUUACUGAACAAUAUAUACAUAGACUGGGAUUAUUUGACAUUGAUUAUGAUUAUUACUGAAAUAUAAUACAUUUGCCAUUUUUUUGUCUCUUUGGUUUAAGAUUAUUAGAAAAAUGGUGUGACACCAAUACUCUGUUUUAGCCUGAUAUCUUCUGAUGACUCUGUUGGUAUUGGUGAAUCCCUAACAUAAAGAAGAUGAAGGGCUUUUGUUCUAUUUAUAAUGGAUUUUCACCACAGUGUAUACAUAUUUUGCAUCAAAAACUCACUGAUAUAUAGAUAUGUAAAUGUGUCAAUGUGUCAUAUUGAAUGUCUUCCUGGUACUGGUCUGUGUUGUGCAUAUACUGUAAAGCAUUUUAGAAACAGGAUUGUGAAAUGUCAGUGGUUAAAGAAUGAAGUUUGUCAUAUGAUGAUGAUGAAGUUACGUAAAAUACCCAAAUUAUUAAUCCAAACUCAAUGGAUAAUUAAAAGCACACUUCCUAGAAGACAGCAUUAUCAAAUUGUCUUCAAGAACCUCAAUAAUUUAAGAAAAAAUGAGGCUGAAGAUAUAAUCAGAAUUAACUGUUUUUUUCUAAACAAUGUUUUAUGUAAUUGUAGCUAUUGUGAAAUAUUGCCUGCCUUACCAGAAUAGAAAUUGUCAUUGAAAAUGACAUCAAAAUGUAGCAGUGUAUCUGAAUGAAAUGAAAAUUUUGGACAUCCCAUGUGCAUUACAUUGCCUUACUGAGCUUAAGAGACAUACGGCAAGGCUGGAUGAUUGCAAGUGUUUGGUGAGAAAUAUUGUGCUUGGAGAUGGAUGCUAACCGCAGAUAAGAGAGUAUGUUUUUUUAUCAAGGGUUUGGACUAUUAAAAGGACAUAUUUGGCAAAUUGGAUUUAUAUGCCUUUUAAGUCAAAAUGCACUUUGGUGUAUAUGUUAAGAUUUGGCAAGAGCGACUUAUGAUUGUAGCUGAUAUUGAGGCGUCUGAAGCAUAGCAUUUUUACGUAAGGCACUUUGAGUGAGGACAAGGGAAGAGACAGGGUUGCUGUGAAAGUCACUAUGGAUAUGACACCUUCUCCUGUGAAUAGCUACUAACCAAGAACUUUUCCAUUCCUUGUCAUGCUUUACUACUGUUUCCUUCUCACUGUGAAAAAGUCCAAAUCACAUUUGUCAAAUUUAUAACCAUUGUAUGGCACUGGAAGUUUCCUUGGUUUUGCUUUCUAGCCAGUGACUCUUCUGUUUUUUUUUUGUAAACCUAUGCAAAUCUUUUGUGUUAUGAUACCUGUACUCAUCUGUCUUUGAUAAUGUGUGCAGCAGCCCGGCCUAUUACACAAUUUUUGCAUGUACAGCUGAAAUACACCUUUAUUUUUAUGUUUAGUUUUUAAUGCAACCUAUAUUUUGUUAAAACAAUGGUAAUAAAGGCAUUUGUGA